CCGUGGGGAUUGCGUUCAGUGCACAGAGGGCGGGAGCGAGGGUGUGUGGGAGUCGGCAAGGCCUUCCCCGGGCGGUGGCGAGAGAAGCAGAGAACUAGGAAGAGACGGGUGACCGCGGAUACACUGCUGCUGUGAGGAGGACCAAAAGACAAAUACAAAAGACCAUGCGGAGAUCGUCGAGUCCACGUCUGCUGCGAAAAUCGUUGAUCUCCUUGACGCCUGUCCUUGCCCUCGGGCUGCUGGUCGUCUUCGUCGUUGCCCUCAAUAUGAGGCAUUCUUCAAUCCUGUGCGAUUCACCAAACGGCCAGGAAGGGGCUCUCAACCGCGCUGCGAUGGAACGGAGAAUAAGAACGCUCGAAGACGAGAUUCUUCAGAAUAGUUUAUUGAUGGAUAAGGUGCUGCGCGGUUUGGACACGGCUUUUGGGGCUUCCGCUGUACUCUCGGUGAAGGAGCUGCGACGUUUGGCACAGACGGAGGCUUCGGAGAUCGGGGAGAGGCGGUCUCGGCAGCCGCCACCCCCGAUGUCGGAGUUCGCGAAGUCGAGGGUCUCCAAAGCCGUGGACGGCGGGAGGCUACAGGACCUUGUGGAGGCCGCGGUUGGCUCUGAAACCGGUUUCUUGAGUGAGGAAGAGAUCACGAUGGAUGGGUUACCGUUGGGGGUUCUGUCCCGACAAGGGAACGGAGGGAACCAGGGGUGGGAUUGGGGGUCUAGAUCGAGCAUCAUGGACGAUUUCCUGGGGGGAAACGAGGUAGAUAUCAUCGAGCCGGUCAAGCUCGACGUUACCGAAGAGGUACGAGGGAACUCCUGCAAGAAGUGGUUCAAGGAACACGGAGUCACCCCCGGGGUGGACUGGGGCACCCUCCCGGCCCCCCAGCAGCAGCUGUGGUCGUGGUACCGCUGUGACGAUGUCGACCUAGAGGAGCCUCUGGUUGCGGGAGCGGGGGAGCAGGGAGAAGCGGUACCGGCACCCCUGCCCAAACCUGGAGACGUCGGGGACGUUGCAGGUGGCGGUGAGCCUGGAAAAGGCGGAGGACGAACAAGGUAGUAAGGGAGAGGACGGUGGUGGCGGACCGGCGAGGAGCGCGACUGAGAGUGUGGGGAAGGCCGGGUCUGUGACGGUAAUGGUUGGGGUACGCGACGGAAACGGAUGGUGGUGGUGGUAGUUGACGACGGUCGGGAUAUUGGCAAGAAUGUCGUGGGUUGUACUUUGACUUUUGUCUCAUUUCUGUGUUUGUCGCGCCGUUCUUUGGCUGACAUGUGCAGUAGGUACAGAUGGUGACACUGUUGUCUU